UUUACAGGAAAGUCUGCUUGCCACGGUCUUUGCAAAGAAAAACCUGCAUGAGUGCCUCUUCCAAGGGAAUCAGCUGCUCUCCUGGGCUUUUUGUGUCUUCGGUCCAUUCCCUGCUCCGCUCACAGAUGCCUGAAUCCUUGUUUCUUCCAGCCUGGCUUUCUCUUCCCGUUUGCCUUUCUGCGAGUCUCUCCCUCCCCUCUGGCUCCUGCUCUUUCUUACUCCUUUCCCCCAGCUGCUUAACUACACAGCUCCCACUGGAACCUACACAAUCAAAAACAGCUCUCCUCCAGCAGCCUCCAGAAGCGCUUCACCUGGAGCAGAGCGACUCGCUCCCGGCACCGGACGCGCACUAGGUAGCUGGGGGCGGGGACGGUACCCUGAUCCCGCCUAAGUGGCCGCCAGAACAGCUCCCCAGAGAUUUGCCGUAUCCGCCAUCCGGUCCCCGGGGUCCUGUUGCGGUGAUGCUUAUGUUUCGGAGCAAUGAUGGAAAGAGAAAAGCCACUGCCGGCGACAUCUGAAAGUGGGGCGAGUUACUGCAGUAGCUGCUGCAGCAGAAUGAGCGAGUGAAGAACUGAGCCCCGUUAGCCUCUCCAUCCCGCUCUUCCUCAUUCACCAUCUCCGGGAGGUGAGCCGGGAACAGAUGCAGUAACCAGGCGGGUGCCACCCCGGAUCUAUAGCUGUGAAGUCCCUACUGUGGAAGAUGGUAAACAAAGACAUGAAUGGAUUCCCAGUCAAGAAAUGCUCAGCCUUCCAAUUUUUUAAGAAGCGGGUACGCAGAUGGAUCAAGAGUCCCAUGGUCAGUGUGGACAAACACCAGAGCCCCAGUUUGAAGUAUUCUGGCCCUUCUGGGCUGCACCUCCCUCCCGCGGACCCAGACUUUGAGCCUGCCCUGUGUCAAUCAUGCCUGGGUGACCAUGCUUUCCAAAGGGGGCUGAUUCCUCCCGAGGAGUCCUGUUCCUGGGACAUCCAGCCUGGCUGUGAAGUGAAAGAAUCAUGCAGUCACACCAACAUCCUGACCAAGCCGGAUCCAAGAACCUUCUGGACUAAUGAUGAUUCAGCCUUUAAGUUGGGAUUUGAGUGCAGAACUAGCAUCCUCGCACUUUCACAGUGUGCUAUUCCUAGCGCUGUCCUGGGCGGCACUGAUAGAGCCCUUCAGCUAGGAGAGGCAGAUGAUGAAGUGGAGAACGGCUCCUAG